AUGGACACUCUUACAAAUACUGAAAAUGACGAGAAGAACGACAGAAACCAAGACUGGUGUUUCUUUAUGCCUCCAUAUUUGUUGAAGGCAAUUGCCGAAUCAACACAAGUGCCCCCGGAGAGCUGUGAAGCAGCAGCCAAGACCUUGGAAUUCGACGGAAAUAUUCGAAAUGGUCGGAUUUCCUUGAUAAGACAGCCUGGUCCUGCCGCUCGGGCUGCGUCCUCUUUUGUCAAGGAAAGUACUUCCACAGAGGUGGCGACACCUGCGACCUGCUAUAUCCAUGAUUGUGAAGGAAGCACCGACCUUCCAAGGAGGCUAGUUCGCAAAAAUGAGGUUAGGGUAAAGGAUAGACCAGCGAAUAAUGCAUAUGACGGUCUGAGAAUCGCCAGCGAGUUUUUCAACACGGUAUUUAAACGCAAGUCGAUUGAUAAUGCUUCACUUCCUCUUAUUGGUUCAGUUCACUUCGGCACAGAUUACAACAACGCUUUCUGGGAUGGCAAUCAGAUGGUCUUUGGAGACGGAGAUGGGCUAUAUUUCGACUAUCUGACUGUCUCACUUGAGGUCAUUGUCCACGAACUUACCCACGAUGUAUUCGCCAUUAUGGCAGAGCAAUGGCAUUUCAACCAGACUGUCACGGAUGCAGGUUGGACUCUGGGCCAGGGUGUGUUCCCCAUGCCGAGAAGAGGCGCUGGAAUACGCUCCCUGAAGGCCCCUGGGACAGCUUAUGAUGAUUACCUCGGCAAAGACCCGCAAGCUAGCCACAUGGACAACUACGUCGAGACCCACGAAGAUAAUUGCGGCGUGCACUACAAUUCGGGCAUCCCAAAUCAUGCAUUUUACCUCGCAGCCACUAGGCUCGGGGGAUAUUCCUGGGAGCGUGUAGGACAGAUUUGGUACACAACCCUUCAGGACAGCCGGCUUAAACCGAAAUCGACCUUUCGGGAAUUUGCAAAAGUGAGUGCGGAGAUUGCUCAAACCCAGUUUGGAAAGACAGCGUACGAUGUAGUAAAAAACGCAUGGGCGUCGGUUGGCGUUCUAUGA